AUGCAUGCCACCUUGGAAGCGAUGCUGCCACCUGCCAUGCGCGCCACUGAAGGUGCCACGCCCCUUCUGCCCACCACGUGGGCCACCUUGGGAGCGAUGCCGCCACCUGCCACGCACGCCGCUGAAGGUGCCACGCCCCUUCCGCCUGCCACGCGGACCUCCUUGGGUGCGAUGCUGCCACCUGCCACUCACGCCGCUGAAGGUGCCAUGCCCCUACCGCCCGUCACGCGUGCCACCUUGGGCGCACCGCCGCCUGACGUUGAAGGCGUCGCGACACCUCGGCCGCCCCCAUUGGCGACAGGUACGGUCCGCACUGACACCACGAGGACGCAGGACUCACCAGGUUAG